AUGGAUAUGACUUUUCUUUUUAAGGCUUAUGUAAAAACCAUCAAAACUAAAAAUCGAGCUUUCGGUCAUGUAGCAGAUAAUGAUCGAAACAGGAUCUUAUAUGAAAAACCACCUAAACAAGAGUUUACUGUUAAAACAAAAGAAGUUAUUCAGCAAAUCACAAAGCUUUUUGAAUUUCUUACAGAACAUCAAAGAUCUUAUUUAAAUUUUUCAAAUCAUUUACUCGGACUUCCAGAAAUGUCAGAUUCAGAAAGAGACAAAAUUGAUGCAGGUGCUCAAAAAGUUAUUAAUAUGUGUUCCAGUACUCAAGUUUUUGAGCACCAAAAGACUGUAGUUUUACUUAUGGAACAAUAUUUAAAAGAAAUUUUUAAAUUUUAUUCUGAACUGAGAGCAAUUCGAGUUCAACACUCUUUGCAAUUAAAAAACUUAAAUAGAAUUGAUUUGAAUAAAUCAGUAAAAGGUGAUAACCAAAUAACAUCACCAGACCCCAAUUCAAAUUUAGAAAAAAUUGAUUAUAAUAAUGAAACAAAUUCAUUACUUUCCAAAGAAAAUAAACUAUCAACUGAGGAACUUCAAAUUUUUGAACAGGAAAAUAAUGAACUUUUUAAUGAACUUAGUAAUUUGACAGAUGAAGUACAACAAAUAGAAAGAAAAGUAACAAAAAUAGCUGAGCUGCAAGAAAUUUUUUCAGAAAAAGUUUUGCAACAAGAUAAAGAUAUGGAUUUAAUUUCUACAAUGAUAGUUGGUACCACUGAAAAUGUAAAAGAUGCAAAUGACCAAAUCAGGCAGGCCAUUCAAAGAAAUGCCGGUCUUAGAGUUUGGGUCUUAUUUUUUUUACUUGUUAUGUCAUUUUCUUUACUAUUUCUUGAUUGGUAUAAUGAUUAG